AUGCAAGAUCAAGAAAAUGAACAUGUCGAUACUGCUAUUAAUCCUGAUGUAGUCUUCAAGUAUUUAGAACAGAGAGCACACACUCCAAGACACGUUGCUAAGGAUGAUCUACCUCUUCCUGAUUGGGCUGUAGAUUAAUCAGAGAGAGUGGAUGAUAUUCCUGUUGAUUACUACAUCAACGAUGAUGGUUUCUGGAGAUGAUUACAUCAAAGCCAAAGAAGAAAAACACUUGAAAGACAGUCCAAUAUCUGGAGGAAAGAAAUAUUUUAGACAUAUUUGAAAGAGUAUUUUUAUAAUAAUAA